AUGGCCAAUACAGCACAGUGCUACUACUGCUUCGAAAGCCUAUCCUCCUCCUUCGAUAAUCAUGACCUAAUCAAACUUUCAACCGUAGAAGCCCUCUGGGAACAGCAUGAGCAAACCAAGAAGCUUUCAAGCCUCGGAUCCCGAGCCCAAGGAACGGACUCGGACAACGAAGAGGCCGAAGAAUCAGGUCCGCCACUGUCUGUAAAUGACGAGUUCCAGACAAGUAACCAGCGCAGUCUGAAGCCGCCCGCCGUCAGCCGCCUACAGAGUCAAGUAUCCGACUCCUCUACUCCCUCCAGCGCCUCCAACACCUCAUCCAACUCGCUCAUGUCUAGCUCGACUGCCGCUACAACCCCGGGUGCCCCGGUGCGCUCCACAUCUCAGAAGUACCCGUUGUUCGUGACGUGGAAUACGCUGUCGCGCAGCGGAAGCAAGUCGUUACGUGGGUGCAUAGGCACAUUCGAACCACAGAAUCUUGACACAGGACUAAAGACCUACGCUAUGACUUCGGCUUUCGAUGAUAAUCGCUUCUCUCCAAUAACUAAAUCCAUUCUCCCUGCUUUAUCAUGCUCACUGACCCUCCUGGGCUCAUUCGAGCCCUGUGACGACGCCAUGGAUUGGACUUUAGGCAUACACGGGCUCCGGAUCUCGUUCAUCAACCACCACCGACGCUAUGGUGCCACCUAUCUGCCCGAUGUCGCUGUUGAACAAGGGUGGUCGAAGGAAGAGACUGUCGAGAGUCUGAUGCGGAAGGCUGGCUGGGAUGGCGGUGGCAGUGUUGCUCGACGAUUGCUUCGGGCUGCGGAUUCUGGCAACCCUUGGGACCAGGUUUCGGAGUUCAAAGCUACCAGGUAUCAGGGGCUCAAGGCGAGUGCAUCGUAUAAGGAGUGGCAGGAGUGGAGAAGUUGGGUGCUUUCUUUAGAUGAUGGCCGUCCUCUUUUGGGCUUAGCUUGA